AUGCGAGGCCGGCUGCUGGGCCUCGCGGCGCAAUCGCUGGUGGCGAAGCAGUGGCAGCGCGAGCCACUGGACCUGUGGGAGGAGCCCGCAGAGGCGCAGCAGUGGCGCCCAUGCGCACUCGCCCAUCCCGCUCCUCCCCCUCCUGCCACUGCUGCAGACAGGGAGGAUGUGGGUCCGUUCUUCUCUGUGGCAGCCAAGGGCGGUUUCAGCCAGCUCAGAGUCGCGACAUGCAACGCAGCAGCGGUCGCAUUUUACCUCAACGCCACGCUCCUUCUCCCGCGCUUCCUCUCCUUCUCCUCAGCUAGCCAGUUCGGGGAGGUCUUUGACUCGGAUCACUUCAUUUCAUCGCUUGCGCCUCAAGUCAAGGUCAUUAGGAAGCUUCCGCCCUCCUUCCAGUCACUCGAUGUCAACAUCAUGGGAGUCAACGUAUCAGAGAAGCAGUUCCCCCGGGAGGUGCCGCUGCAGCUCUUCCUGCGCCUGGUGCCGCUGAUGAGGCGCGUGGGGCUCCUCCACUUCCACGGCUUCCUCAACGCCCUCGCCUCCGACCCCAUGCCACCACACGUGCAGCGCCUGCGCUGUCGCUGCAUGUUCCACGCCCUCACCUUCCUGCCAGCCGUCCAUGCCACCGCACAGCUGGCCAUCCAACGGCUGAGAUCGGCCGCUGGGGCGCUGCCACGUGUGCAGGAGGAGUGGAUGGACGGCGAGGACGAAGCGGGGAAACACGGUGCUGGGAAUGGGGAAAAUCGGGGCAAAAGUAAGGAGAGAGAAAGGAUGAAAAAUCAGGUUGAGAGUCAGGUGAAAAAUCAGGUGAAACGUCCGAUGAAUGGCACGUCUGGUCAGAUACACGCGGACAUAGGCCAUGUGGGCUCUCAAGAGCACCCAGAAGGGAUCCCUCGCUACGUGGCGGCUCACAUCCCCUUUGACGCAUACCAAGGUCAGCAGCGGGACGAGGCGGAGGAGGAAGCGGAGCAGCUGAGGGACAUCCGGCGGCUGCUCUUCCCGGUGCUGCACGCAUACGAGCAGCAGGGCCGCCUCAACGCCCCCGACUGGUACCGCCGCAUCGGCCGCUGCCCCGUGGCCCCCGAGGAGGCUGCUCUGGUGCUGGCAGGCAUGGGCGUGGGGCGGCUGCGCCCGCUGUUUCUGGUAGGGGUUUCCGCUGAGCCGUGCAGGCUGGUGCUUGGAGGAGAAGGGGUGCUGAGCGGUGGGGAUGGUGGGGUGCAGGGUGGGAGGGAGGAAGAGUGGCGGGAGGAGGGGCGGCAAGGGGGUGCGUGGGAGCAGGAGCAGGAGGAAGGGAUGAGGGUGCAGCAGGAGGAGCAGCUGAGGGGGCAGGGCAGGCGGUGGUUCAACGGGUGCCGGCGGCUGGAGGCAGUGCGAGCGCUCUUCCCCUCCCUCUCGUCCAUCGAUACCCUCCUCUCCCCUCUCGAGAUCGCCCCCUUCUCGUACUCGCCUCUCCUAAUCACCGCGCUUGAAACCAUUGUGGCCGGCGAAUCAGAUCUCUUCCUUGCAGCGGACGGCAGCAGCCAGCUGGCAGCGCUUGUGGCCGGGCGGCGCAUGUACUUCGGAUCCAGAUCUGACAAAAAUUCUGGUUACCAGCAUGGCAAGCAGCGGCGCGUUGCUCCCACUAGAGCUGCUUCGUCCGGGUCCGGCGGGAAUGGCGACUCUAAUAAGGAGAAACCAGCAAUGCAGAGCCUCUACGACCUGGGCAGCAACCUGCUCACCCGCGUGCUGAGCGGCGGGGACAUGUCCGGCAUGCCUACAGCUUCCGGCGAGGUGUCGGAUCUCGUCGGCCGUCCGCUCUUCUUCGCGCUCCACAACUGGUUCCUCGAGCUAGGGGGCGUGUACCGUCUCGCCUUCGGCCCCAAGGCCUUCGUGGUCAUCUCCGACCCAAUCGUUGCGCGCCACGUGCUCAAAGAGAACGCCUUCGCAUAUGAUAAGGGCAUGCUGGCGGAGCUGCUGGAGCCCAUCAUGGGCAAGGGGCUCAUCCCCGCUGACCUGGAGACCUGGAAGCAGCGCCGGCGAGCCAUUGUGCCGGGCUUCCACGCGGCCUACCUGGAGGCCAUGGCGCUGGUGUUCUCGGAGUGCUCCAAGCGCUCUGUCGACAAGCUGCAAGCCUUGUGCCAUCACGCUGGAGCCACGGCGGGGAGUGAGGGCGUGCGCAUGGACAUGGAGUCGGAGUACUCGUCCAUCGCGCUGGACAUCAUUGGCAUCUCCGUGUUCAACUAUGACUUUGGGUCCGUCACGCGCGAGUCGCCCGUCAUCAAGGCCGUGUAUGGGACGCUCUCGGAGGCCGAGCACCGCGCUACCUUCUACAUCCCCUACUGGAACAUCCCCUUUAUAAGCCUGGUGGUGCCACGCCAGAUGAAGUUCCAGCAGGACCUCAAGGUGAUCAACGACUGCCUGGACGACCUCAUCACACGCGCCCGCGCCACUCGCCAGGAGGACGACCUAGAAGCCCUGCAGCAGAGGGACUACAGCAAGGUGCGGGACGCGAGUCUGCUGCGCUUCCUGGUGGACCUGAGGGGCGAGGACUGCGAUGACAAGCAGCUGAGAGACGACCUCAUGACCAUGCUGGUGGCCGGGCAUGAGACCACUGCUGCCGUGCUCACCUGGGCCACCUACAUGCUCGCCCAGCAUCCGCGAGUGCUGGCGAAGCUACAGGAGGAGGUGGAUAGAGUGCUGGGCGACCGACUGGCCACUCUGCAAGACAUUAAGUCCCUUGAGUACACCCGCCUAGUGGUAUCAGAGGCUCUCAGGCUCUACCCGCAACCACCGCUGCUCAUUCGCCGUGCGCUGGUCAAUGACCAUUUGCCAUGUAAGCAACCCUCCAAUGUCACCCCCGCCGUUUCUCCUGUGUGCGCGCGCGUUGUGACUACUGCAUGUCCGUGUCAUUUCCCUCUCUUCUGCUCCGACAAACUUCUCCCAAGAAUCUCCUACAAGUGUCCCGAGAUGCUCAACAGUUAA